AUGCCAUUAUCCAAUGCAAUAGCGAUUCGAAGUGACAAGCACGCCAAGUACUGGUUCAAUGAUGGUUCCGUCAUCGUCACCAUCCAUCGGACACUCAGCGAUCGUGCCCAGGAGGAAGCCACAGUUCUAUUCAAACUGCAUUCGAGCCUGCUCGCUCGACAUUCGACAUACUUUGGUCGUGUUCUCAAAGGUUCGGGUAUAGACGAAGGGGAGCCGCUCGUGUCGGAUAAUUCGCGAAUAUCAAGGGUGACAGUCCCACCUGGACUUGGCGUACGGGUGGAAGAAUUUGUGUCAUUGCUGGAACAUUUAUACCAUGAUACCCCUCUAUCAUCAAAGUCUCCAUUCAAUCAGGUCGCUUCGAUCCUCCGCGUGUCCUCCCCAUCUCAGCUCGACUUCCCCGACUUACACGCUCUCGUCCGAAGCUACUUAGAAGCGAUGUUUCCAAGUGGUCCUUUACCGUUUACGCAUCCCGAUCACCUCGAGGAGGCAUUGGCACUGACGACGGCGUAUGACAUCAGAUCGAUCCGAAAGGGCAUAUAUUACAGCCUCGUCACGACAACCGACUUCGAAACAGAAGAGGUAGAGGUAGGUGAGCAGGGAAAAGUGAACACAAGAGAAAACAAUCUGGAGAACAGUCAAGGUGACAUCGUCGAAGAUUCGAAGACGAAACAGAGUGUCCUGUCGCCCGCAGAUGUAGAGAGAUGCGGGAGGUUGAUGGCUGGGAUUGUGGAUCAUUUCACACCCAUAUUGUUCACGCCGCCCACAACGCCACAUAUGGCAUGCACGGACGUGUUCGCCGAUAAAUGGAUGUCACUCGUCAUCCCCUCCGCGAUCUCAGAUGGUGGGGUAUACAAACCUCUCGAGACCCUGGAAUUCAUAAAACAACUCGAUUGGGCAGCUGAGGGAUUAUGUCCUGCCUGUGUGCAGGAGAAAAGGGAGGAGUGGACAGAGGAGCAGACUGUGGUGUGGGAAAAGGUGGACCGUUGGCUUGGCUAGUAAGCUGCCAUUGGGACACACUUGGAUUCCACAGCCAUUCCAUUCUCGUUGUCAUCUCCCGGUUGUGGAUAUGGUGUCUUCUCAUCCAUCACUUGCGGUUUACUGUCUAGCUUCUGGUAGAACCGUUCCAUAGAUGCUACUGUUUCGAAUAGAGGAUUAGUCUAUAUGAUUAGACAUAUCCAACCGUUAGGGUCUCCAAUCCUCGAAGAUUGAAUCAUUUUAUGUGGUACACGUCCAAACUGAAGUCGAAAUUGACAUCUAUCCUCAC